CAAUUGAGCUAAAUGUCAAGGGUAAACGGGACUUGCGUCAAUUUCUCAUCGACUACGUCGCAGUUGAGACACUAGAAGGUGACUACCGGUACCCAGUACCAGGUCAAGGUCUACAGAGAGCAAAGAAGGGUGUCCUUUUUAGAUCUUUCCCUCCGGUUAUCCGAAUUCGCCUUCUGAGAUCUAUAUAUGAUGUGGACUCCAACAUGAUGAUUCAGUGUAAAGAUCGCUUUUCCUUUCCCUCGGAAGUAGACAUGGAAGAAUUCCUCGACCCCAGCGCGGACCAUUCCGAGUCUCAUGUUUAUCAGCUACAUGCUGUGAUCGUACACUCUGGAGAACCCCAAGGUGGUCACUACUACGCUUUCAUUCGACCCAACCCAAGGACCCGUUGGUUGAAAUUUGAUGGGGAACUCGUCAUACCAGCCUCGGAAAGAGAGGUCUUUGACGACAACUAUGGGAGUGAAUUACAGGCACACCAGGAGCACACUCGGAGCACUCAUGGGCGAAGAGAUCACACUAAGGAGUUUACUAGUGCUUAUGCGCUCGUCUAUAUUCGGAAGAGUAGGCAUGAUGCGAUUCUCAAACCUCUUACCGAGAAUGAUCGACCUCAGUAUUUCGAGACAUUGGCAGAAGAUGCGCAAGUUAGGGCGAGGCGGAGAGAAAGUGAGGGACAGAGAAAGGAUGUGACCGUCAAAGUUGUUACCGAACAGUCCUUUCGUCAACAUCAAGGAUUUGACAUAGUUACUUUGGGAGGCACAGACGACCCACCUCCUGCACUUCUCACAUUUCGUGUCCCACAGCAGGAGUCUUAUUACAAUAUGGUAUCCCGCAUAGUGGAAGAAAUAAAGGUGCCAAGAAAUAGAAUUCGCCUUUGGGAUAUUAUUAAACGUCAAAACAAGUCUAUACGGCCUAAUCAGGCUCUCACGGAAUUGCGUUCUUCUCUGAGUAUGUCUCAUAGGCUGCAGAAAACGAGUCUGCUAACCAUAUGUAUAGCCAUCGGCUCCAAGUAUUCCAAGACCUACUAUGGGGAGGUCUCAUAUCUCUUCUUAGACCUUCUCUCUGAACCAAGGGAGUCUGAAUCUUCGGAAGACCAAGAUACGAUCAUGAUUUUUCUUAAAUAUUUCGACGCAAAUAAGCAAGAGCUUUAUGGAGUGGGAAACUUUCAUGUCAAACGGGAGAACAAAGUCGAAAAACUAUCCAGAUUAGUCCGUAAGAAGAUGGGAUGGCCUCAAACUAGUCGCAUUCAGAUCCCUCUCGUCUUCUACGAAGAGAUCCACGCAGGUGGAACUGAAUGUAGAAGAGUGAGUCCUAGUGGUUAUGGCAUGUCUCGCAGCACGACGAGAGACCUGAUCUCCCCGCAGGAUCGCGGCUCUCGCGGCCAAAUGGUAUGCAACGACACCAAUAGCGUUCUACAAGAUCUUAGAAGAUC